AUGUUUAGUAAAGGACGUAAACUAGUCGAUUUAGUGAUUCAAACUGAUAUAAACAAGACGGACUCGCAAGACGUGCCACCAUCAGUGUCCGGCCAAAAAGCAGAAGUACUGCUGUGUGUUAAUUUCUUCAGAUUACUGGCACGUAAGGCGAACCUUUCGCCAUCUUUUAUUAGUUUAAUAUCACUCAAAUGUCAAUGUUUUAUUACAGAUGUUACUUCUGCAGAGUUGUUGGCAGAUAGCUACAAAUCUCAGCAAAAAAAUGAGGACAGAAAUUCAAACAAAACUUUGAUCUUCAAAUCGCCAGCUAUAAAUGAAGUUAGCGUCACUCAAACACCACGGUCAAAAGUUGCAAAGAAUUUAAAUACUCUAUUUGACAAAAUAUCUAAUGAGAUUGCUGCAAAAAGUCAAGCUUUCAUUGAAAAUUCAACGACAUCGCCUAUAUGCACAGCCAAUGAAGUAAUAGUCCCAGAAUUUGAUAACACUAAUUCACUUGAAGAUAUAAUCAACUGUGACAAAUCCGAGUCAGUUCUAACUUCACAAGCAUCUCCUGACAUUACCAUUACAGAAAACGAUGUAAUCACCGCUGCUCCCAUAAAUGCUAUUGAUCAAAAAAGAGAUCCAUCACAGUCUGCUAAAUCAAAUGCAGUCUUAGGUCACGACGUUGAGUCUCUGCAAUAUGUAGAAUCUGCCUCUAAAAUAUCUGAUUCGGAUCAUCUUUCAAAAGAAAUUUCCCCAUCUGUUCUCAACGCACAGCUGUUAGAAGACCUGCCUGUUCCCAGCGAAUCUGUUCAUGUUUCACCAAAGCCGAGUACAUCAACAUGUGAAAAUACAUUAUUACACCAAGAUCUAUAUUUGUCAGAUAACGAAAUAUCUCCAUAUAUUGAUUCUGAAUCGUCGUAUGCUCUUUCACCAUCUAAACCACGCCAUCUACCAUUAUCAUUAGAUAGCGAUUUAACUGACGUAAGUGACUCAGUAGAAGCUACAAAGGAAAAUCAACCAAAACGAAGAAAGAAGGCAAUGCCCGAAACAUGGAAAAGAAAUGUUCUUAAAAAUUUACGCCAAACAGGUAAAGGGUACACAAGUAGAAAUGGAAAAUUUAUGAAACCAAAAGAAUGCAAGCCUACAGAUUGCUCUAAAUGUCGAUAUCAGUGCAAUUCUUUGUUUCCAGAAAAUCUGAGACAGGAUAUCUUUGAAGAGUACUGGAGCCUAGGUGAUACAAAACAACAAAAAAUGAUGCUCAGUAGCCUGAUUUCUCACGCUGAAGUCUUACGUCUUUAUACGAAGGCAAAAAAAAAUCGCACUAUGUCACGUCAGUAUUGGCUAUUUCAUCAAUCUGUAGGUAAAAAACGAGUUUGCCAAAAGUUUUUUUGUAAUACAUUUAACAUUAGUUCAAGCAUCAUUAAUAAUUGUUCAAAAAAUAGAGGGCUCAACGGCAUAUUUAUGGGCACUGACAAACGAAUAGGAAAAAUGCCCGCAAACAUUACUUCAGUGGAGUCUACUAAUUUUGUUAAAGAGCAUAUUAACCUGUACCCUCGCGUUGAAUCCCACUAUUGCCGAAAAAGUUCUAAAAAACAGUAUUUAGACAGCGAUCUCAACCUGAGUCGCUUAUAUCAAUUGUACAAAGAUGUUUUUUGCCCCGAAAAGAUGAUAACUCCUGUAUCGCCUUAUGUGUAUCAAAAGAUUUUCCACUCUUAUAAUCCAAGACUAGCAUUUUACAAGCCAAAGAAAGACCAGUGCACCAAAUGAAACGUGUAUAAACGAUCCGACAAUA